CGCUUCCGGGUUCAGCCUCAGUGGCGCUGUAGUUUACACAGUGGUUACAAUUCUGAACUAACAGACGAAGAAGAGCCUUUACGCAGCUUUCUGCCAGAUAAUAUGAGGUUCCGAUUUUGUGGGGAUUUGGACUGCCCUGACUGGGUCUUAGCUGAAAUCAGUACAUUAGCGCGAAUAUCAAGCGUCAAGAUGAAACUUCUGUGUGUGCAAGUAAUAAAAGACAUCCUCGACGAAGGCAUUGAUUAUGACAAGGUGGCAAAACUAACCGCCGAUGCAAAAUUUGAGAGUGGAGAUAUUAAAGCUAGUGUUGCCGUACUGAGCUUUAUAUUCUCCAAUGCAGCAAAGCAUGAUGUUGAUAGCGAAUCUCUGUCCAGUGAACUUCAACAGCUGGGCUUACCUAAAGAGCACACAACCGGACUGUGUAAAUCGUAUGAAGACAAACACACAGCCCUGCAGGAGAAGCUGAAGGAGAGCAGUCUACGCUUGGGGCGUCUGGAAGCAGUAAACUGGAGGGUGGACUACACACUGAGUUCCAGUGAAUUGAAGGAGGUGAAUGAACCUACAGUACAGCUGAAGAUCCAGGCUCAGGACCCAGAGUCAGGUUCUACCGAGACCACUGUAGUCUCAGUCACUUCAGACAAGUUCAGAGUGCUAUUAACAGAACUUAAACAAGCACAAGCUAUGAUGAAUGCACUUUAAUGAAUCCAUAUUGUAUUGUAUUUUUAUUAAUUAGUUAUGAAUGUAUGAGUUAUAAUUAGAGACUCUCUGAACUGUGAGUUGCUUUGUUACUUAUUACUGUUCACAUAAAGGCCCAUUGGAAGUCACACAGUUGGACCUUCAGUUCCAGUGGAAUUAAUGAGGUUCAUUUGUGAAGAAGAAAACAUUGUGGUUGCAUCAGUUAUAAGAUUUCUGCACAACAGGUGGUCUCAACUAGUUUUUUGAACUAAACUUUAAAUAUGAAAAAAUACAUUAUUUGGUUCAUUGUGAUUCUGUAUAAAUAUGCACAAACUAAUUUUAAGGCAUGUCAGUACAAUAAAGAGCUUUUUGCAGACAGGUCCUUGGCCUUACGACUAAAAUAAAUUUAAUUUACAAAAUCUA